GAGACAUAUUGGACAGUAGUGGUCAUCCAUCUCUAUCUGAACGAUACAUUCCUACAUUCAUUAUAUUGUUACUGGCAGUGAGUCUUUACAUAGUUAAUAUAAUUAUAAGUUUUGUACGAAAUCAUUAUAUUUAAGCUUACAUCUACAGGUUACUAAUAAUGAUUGAAACAAUAGUUUUGUUCAUUGUUUCUGCUCUACUGCUGUAUCUUUGGAUCAAAAGAAGACCAAACAACUUUCCUCCAGGUCCUACCCCAUUGCCUAUCAUUGGUAAUAUACAUCAGAUGCCUCGAGGUCACUUCUGGAUUGCCAUGGACAAGUGGUCUAAAAAGUAUGGACCAAUCAUAGGCUUGAGUGCAUUUGACACCUUGAUAGUUGCAAUUACUGAGAUUGAUCAUAUUGUUGCUGCGUUACGCAAGGAGGAAUUUCAGGCACGACCUAACAACGUUGUUAUACGGGAGAGGAUGUUUGGAAAAUUAUUAGGAAUAUUUUUUAGUUCCGGAGAACAGUGGUCUUCCAGCCGGAAAUUUACUGUUAAACAAAUGCGGGCUUUUGGGAAAAAUGAGAAAGAAAAUUUAAUAGCUGAUGAAAUAAGCCAACUUAUGGAAACAAUUAAAGAUGGAUCUAUUGUUCAGGGGAAUGGUAUGUUUGGACUAGCAGCCAUCAAUGUCAUUUGGAUGAUAGUAGCCAGCAAAAGAAUUGAUUUCAAUGACAAACGAUCAAUCCAAUUUUUAGAAAACUUACAUGAACUUUUCCGUCAAGGCAGUACAACUGGAGAAAUAGAAGAUAUGUUUCCAAUUUUUAGAUUUGUGAGUAAGAAGUUCAAACAUGAUCAAGCUCUGACAUAUGGAAUCUAUGGUUUCAUUCAGGAAACAAUUCAAGAACACAAAGAAAUCCUUGAUCCUAACAACCCAAGAGAUAUAAUUGACAAUUAUUUGAUUGAAAUUGAAAGAAACAAGAACAACCAUCCUUCGUAUUUCUCAGAGGAGGACUUGACUGUGGUUGCCAGUGAUUUAUUCUCUGCUGGAGCAGAAUCUACCAGUAAUUCUUGCGAGUUUGUACUUUUGUACAUGAUUCUCUAUCCUGAAGUACAGCAAAAGAUGCAUGAAGAAAUCGACCGAGUAUUGGGGCGGUCAAGGAAACCGUUGUUAGAAGACAAAGCUAAGAUGCACUACACGAUGGCAGUCCUCAAUGAAGUGGAGAGAAUCAACAGUGUAGCACCAGCGAGUGUGCCUCACUUUUGUUCUAAGGACACUACGUUUGGUGGUUACUUCGUUCCUAAGGAUACACUUAUACUGUUAAAUCUCAGAGCUGUAGGCUAUGAUCCUAAAUACUGGAAAACCCCAGAAGAAUUCAUUCCCGAAAGAUUUUUAAAUGCUGACGGACAGUACAUCAAGCCCUCCACUAUGCCAACUUUUGGACUUGGACAGAGAACAUGUGUUGGAGAAAUGUUAGCAAGAAACAUUAUAUUCCUCUUCACUACGACUUUCUUUGAGAAGUUUUCCAUCAGUUUACCACCAGGUGAACCAGAACCUUCCACAAUGGCUCUUCCAGGGUUCACUACUGCUCCAAGACCUUUCAAAAUAUCCAUAAAAAGCAGAUACUAAGAUGUCAAUAGCAUAUAGUUACCAAAAUUUCUCAUGAAAAGACUAAUCAGUGUUUUUAAUAACAAAAUUAGAUUUAUUCUAUUUUUUUAUUAAUAGAAGAUAGCUAAAAUUUUACUUUAGUACUGUUUUAAGCACUUUUACUAAGUAUAAUAAAAAAAUUCUAAUUUACA